GCAGGAGCGCUCCUCCCAUGGUGUCCCCAGGAGACCCCCCGGCACCCUUUCGACUUUACGGAAACUAUCGGCGCCCGCUAAAUUUGGGGUCUUCAUCAUGGAAACGUGGUCUGUGAAUCACGUCCUCGGUUUGUCGCUAUCGGUGCUGCUGCUGGGUCUGCCGCGGCUCCUCGGGGCAGGAACCCACAGUCACAACAGCACGGAUCCGGUAACGGCUGGAUUUUCUUAUUCUGAAGCCACAGAUGAACUCGGUAACACGGGAAACGGCGCAACUUCAAUUUCUUACUCCAGCGAGAGUUUAUCACCAUCACAGAGGAUCCUGCUCACACACACUGCUGAAACACACUCUGUUACUGCUGCAAACUUCGACACUGAACAGACAAAAAUCUUCACAGAAACGAGCUACACAUCUCCAGAGUCCACAAAUCUGUCAACUGAGGCACUUACCUCCACCAUCUUAACUGCCACUGAAGCCAGCAGCAGCAGCAGAAGUAGUAGUAGCAGCAGCAGCAGCAGCAGUAGUAGUAGUAGUAGUAGUAGUAGUAGUAGUAUUAGUAGUAGCAGCAGCAGUAGCAGCACCCGAAGCAUCAGCAGCAGCAGCAGCAGUAGUAGUAGUGGUGGUAGCAGCAGCAGCGAUUGGAAGGUCUUCACAAACACAGACCAGAUGCCACACGUCUUCCAUGCUGAAACCCUGCCCCAGGACAGCCCAGAUACCACUCUCCGACUAGGGGAUGCCACAUCUUUGGUGUCGCAAACAGCCUUCCUCACUGACAGCACAUACACAACCACUCUUAGUCGUGCUGGGGAGAGGACCUUGCUGUCUGUUACCUCUUCUUCCAGCAACACCUCAUCUGCCUUUACAGAGGACUCCAGCUCCCAUCAGCCUUCCUCUACUUGGGCUAUUCCUCCUAGGCCUGCAGAGACUGAGGGUUCUACUCAAAGUGCCCCAUCCACAAGGACUAUUGGGAGAGAAACAACAGAGCAUCAUGUGACACAGACCUUUUCAGAGACUGGAAGCCUAACAGGGGCCAGUGGAGACCAGGGUUUAAGUAGACAGCCUAAUGCCACCCAGCACGUACUUGCUUCAACAUUGCAGGAAACAUCUGACUCAACACCACCUCUCAGGGUCUCAGAGCCCAGCACUGACCAAUCAGAUGUGUCUGUGUCUUCUACUCCAGUUUUCACGUCACCUGCAGGAGGUCCUGCAAAUGUCUCUGGGACAGAUCAAGGGUCUGGCUCUAGUGUUGGAACUUCUACAGAGUCUUCCACAGGAGCCCACAGCUCCAGCACUCAGAACCACAAAGCCACUGAGGUGGUUUCAUCUCAGACCAGUGAAGAGAGUGUAGGCCAGGGUCUAACUACAGUGCCGUCCACAGCCAGUACCAGUACAUCUGAAAUCACUGACUCUCUGACAGACAUGCCAAUGGUUACUGGGAUCUUGCACACAACUCUACCGGUCACUGUUACAGAAAGAUCACAGAUAACAGAGGAAGACACUUCCAGAGCAACUGCCUUCACAACCACCACCAUGCCCUCUACAACCCCUCCUCCACCCACAACAUCAUCCCCAAGUCUGAGUAGCCCUUUUGCUGAACAUACUUCAGGCUCCCCUACAAAAGCCACUCUACCAAACACUGAAGCUUCCACAACAGUCUCCACCCCAAGCUGGCAGACUUCUGCACUGUAUCCAACUCUCUUUGUGUCACCCGGCCAAACCCUGAGACCCUCCACCGGAAUGGCUAACCCCACAAAAGCCAGCACCCCACAGACUGAAGCAAGCACAGUAACUCAGAGAAUCACCACAGCUCGCAGCCAAGACAUUACCACCACCUACAUCCACAGCCCUCCAACCAGGAGUACAGAGACUCUGCACACCACCAAGAAACAGCCAGACGGAGGAGCUACAGAGCUGAUGGUGACAACGAUGCCCACGGAUGUCCAACUCACCAAGGUGCAACCAACAAACCCCUGUGUGUCGAACCCUUGCAUGAAUGGAGGGAUGUGUGUGAGCUAUAAAGGGCCUGAGUUCACCUGUCACUGCCAGCAGGCCUGGACAGGACCGACCUGCAACCUGGAUGUGGAUGAGUGUGAGAAGUACCGCUGCCCCACUGGCUCUACAUGCAUUAACACUCAAGGCUCCUUCAGUUGUGAGUGUCCACUCGGCUUUGAUCUGAAGGAUGGACGCACGUGCACCAAAGCAAAGACAUUUCUGGGAACAUUCAGUUUUAACAGACAUGACUCUUCAGUCAGGAGCUACGCGGUGCAUGACAUCCAGGGAGAGCUCAUGCAUCUGCUCAAUGUAUCCUUGUCAGUCCUUCGAGGUUAUAGUCGCUCAACACUGAACAAAAACCUUAGUAAAAUCAGGGAGCAUGGUGAAGUUCGCAUCUCGGUUGUCAACAUGUUUUCCAUCUUCACUGAUGUGACAAAUGCUGAAGUCAACGACAGCAUCCAGAUGUCUCUCUCCAACCGAAGCUCUUCAGUGACCCACAGCCGACUCGUGCUCUCUUACCAGUACUCUUACCACACGGAAAGUUUGUGUGAGGUUCAGAAAACUCAGUGUGAUACGGAGCGUUCCACCUGCACAGACAGCACUGGUACAGCCUACUGCCAAUGUCACCAAGGAUAUUACAAACACAAUCCUGAUGACUUAUCUUGCUUAGAAUGCGGGGAUGGCUACAAGUUGGAAAAUGGCACCUGCAUCCCGUGCAUGUUUGGAUUUGGAGGAUUCAACUGUGGAAAUUUUUACAAGCUGAUUGCGGUUGUGGUGUCGCCUGCAGGAGGCGGUCUGCUCCUCAUUCUCAUAAUCGCUCUCAUUGUCACCUGCUGCAAGAAAGACAAAAAUGACAUCAAUAAGAUCAUCUUCAAGAGUGGAGAUAUGCAGAUGUCCCCAUAUGCAGACUUCCCAAAAAAUAACCGGAUAUCCAUGGAGUGGGGCAGGGAGACAAUAGAGAUGCAAGAGAAUGGCAGCACGAAGAAUCUGCUGCAGAUGACUGACAUUUACUACUCUCCUGCUUUGCGCAACUCGGACCUAGAGAGAAAUGGUCUGUAUCCGUUUACAGGUCUACCAGGAUCUCGCCAUUCGUGCAUCUACCCCGCCCAGUGGAACCCCUCUUUCAUCAGCGACGACUCACGGAGAAGAGACUACUUUUAAGUGGCCCACUGUCAGACUCUUACUGUUAGACUGACAAAUGUUGAUGUGUGGUGAUGGUUUUCUGUCACUAACAGGGCUGAUACGUUGAGCUAUGCUGUUUUUGAAAACUAAUUUGAUAAUCUAAAAUCAGGGCUGCAAACUAACUAUGUAAAUGGGUGUGUGCUAGUGUGUCUGCAAAUUAUAUAAGAGCAUGUUUUUGCAAGUGAAAUGUGUUCCCUUGUGACCCUUUCAGUGUUUUUGCAUGUUUUGAUUCAUUUACUUCAACUCAUGUGUACCUCGCAUUGCUGCUUUAGUGUUUAAUGUGUUUUUCCUGCCUUAAAAGCAUCACCUGGUUCUCUGCUUCAGUGUGAAGGCAGGUGAUCCAUUACAGUUAACAUCAUGUCUACUUUUCCUUGUUGACAGAAUCGUUGCUGCUGGGUAAUACAGUCCUGCUUUAGUUAACAAUGAUAAAUAAAUGUAUGAUGUUGUGCUCAACUGGAAUGUGCAGACACAAUCCACAGCAGUAAUGAAUGAUGCGAAGCAAACCGACCAGAACGUGCAAAAACACUGAUAGUGCUAAAUAUGAAUGUUGGUGCCACUGCUGUGAUCUGAAGUCCAGGAUUUUAACAACAAACCACUAAAGAAUGCACAAAGUCUGGCUUCAUGAUGAUAAGAGAUUUUGUAACCUGAUGCCAGUUGUUAUUUAUUUCAUGUAUGUCCAAUUUGUACACGUGUAGCAUGUUUCAUUCAUUCACACUUACAGACUUUAGCAGGAAAAACCUGUGGCUUUAAGCGUAUUAGUGUGUUUGUGUAAGUCAGAAUGAGAAGUGUGUAUGUAUUUGUAUGUGUGAGAAAUGAGAAAUAAGUAUCUGUAUACCAGAAGGAUUAUAACUUGAUUUGUCUGAAUGUAAAGAUGUAUCAUAUUUAGCUGCUUCUGUCAUGGAUUAUUUUAAGAGUAUUUUAAAUGGCGUGUUGAAACUGGCGUUUUAGUCAGAUGUGCUUAUUUAAAUAAAAAUGUUGACAUAAUCUCUCUGUUCUAGUUUUCUCAGUCACAAUGAUCACUCAAUGUUUGAGCCAUGUAAUAUUCAGCAAGAGGUAAAAUGAAUUUAGGUCAUUUAAAAAUAAUUAAACAUCCCUCACACUGUCUGAUGUUGUUAUUCAUGAGUCCACUAUUAGAUGAAUAACAAUCAUUUGUAUAUUAGGGCACCAUUAAAAAAAACAUGUGUUUCCAAAAAUCUACAAUGCUGUCUAUCUGUAGUUUGAAGGCUAUUUACUGAAAGAGUGAACCGUGCAACCUUACCCCACCUGCGAAACAUGGAGGUGGUAGUAUCAUAAUCUGGAUGUGUACUGCUUGCAUCUGAGCUGUGGGGAACAAAUUGUGUUGUGGGAAUCAUUUGAAUAAAGUAAUGCUUCUACACACUGAUGGGAAUCAUGUGUAUUGAUGCGUUAAAAACAUAAUAAAUGUGAUAAAUUUGAAAGGACCUGAAAACCUGUUUGCAACUGUU